UAUAAUUUUGCCGAGGAAGUGAGAAAGAGAAACCCCGAAGUCCUUUUUCUGUCAGACACCCACUGAAUGCCGAACCUCUGCGAGGUUUGAGUUUGACUCCGGAGCUUGAAAUUUCCGCCAUUGAAGUAGUGCCAGUCUCCUCUAGUCGUUUCCUGUUCUCGAUAGAGAUGCAUCGCAGAUCCAAGUCUCCCUAUUUGAGGUUAUUCUGUCGAAGGAUCUUCUCCUUUCAGCUAAUCGUAAUACUUUUGUUGUUCCUAUCUGCCAGGUUAGAUGGUGCUCCAUUUGGGGGUCGCAAAGGUGGGAAAUCAUCUGUAUUUUCUUUAUUUAAUCUUAAAGAGAAAAGUAGGUUCUGGAGUGAGGCCGUGAUACGUGGGGAUUUUGAUGACUUGGAAACUUCAGUAUCUUCCAGCCCUGGCAAAGUGGGUGUUUCCAAUUACACCAAGGCAGGCAAUAUUGCAAAUUAUCUCAAUCUUUUGGAAGUUGAAUCUAUUUACCUUCCAGUCCCUGUGAAUUUUAUUUUCAUUGGAUUUGAAGGGAAGGGGAACCAUGAAUUCAAGCUAGGUCCUGAAGAACUGGAGCGUUGGUUCACAAAAAUUGAUCACAUUUUUGAACAUGCACGGAUACCACACAUUGGAGAAGAACUUACCCCAUUCUACAAGAUUAGCAUUGAUAAAGCACAAAGUCACCAUCUUCCAAUCAUCAGUCACAUAAAUUACAAUUUUUCUGUUCAUGCCAUACAGAUGGGAGAAAAAGUUACUUCUGUUUUUGAACAUGCCAUAAAUGUCUUAUCCCGCAAGGAUGAUGUUUCUGAUACCAGAGAUGAUGAAGAUAUUCUUUGGCAAGUAGAUUUGGAUAGUAUGGAUUUUCUUUUCACAAAUCUUGUUGACUAUCUUCAACUUGAAAAUGCAUACAAUAUUUUCAUCUUGAAUCCUAAACAUGGGAAAAGAGCUAAGUAUGGAUAUCGGAGAGGCUUAUCUGAGUCUGAAAUUAGUUUCCUUAAGGAGAAAAAGGGUCUGCAGGCAAAAAUUCUUCAGUCAAAAAAUGUCCAGGAAACUAUUCUUGCUUUAGAUAAGAUUAAAAGACCUUUGUAUGAAAAGCACCCUAUGACAAAAUUUGCCUGGACAACAACUGAAGACAUUGAUACGGUUGAGUGGUCAAAUUUUUGCCUAGAUUUUCUUAAUAAUGCUGAGAAGUUAUAUCAAGGAAAGGAGACUGCUGAGAUAAUUAAUAUCAAAGUUGCACAGUUGUUGAAUGGGAAGAAUGAAGAUAUGAAAAUUCUUCUGGAGAAGGAGUUGAAAUCUGGGGAAUUAGCUGGACUUCAUUCAGAAUGCCUCACGGACACAUGGAUAGGAGCAGAGAGGUGGGCAUUUAUUGAUUUGAGUGCAGGCCCUUUCUCUUGGGGUCCUGCAGUUGGUGGAGAAGGUGUGCGUACAGAACUAAGUUUACCAAACGUAGAGAAAACCAUUGGUGCAGUGGCAGAGAUUUCAGAAGAUGAAGCUGAAGAUCGAUUGCAAGAUGCAAUUCAGGAAAAGUUUUCUGUUUUUGGUGAUCAAGAUCAUCAGGCCAUUGAUAUCCUUCUGGCAGAAAUUGACAUAUAUGAGCUUUUUGCAUUUAAACAUUGCAAAGGAAGAAAGUCUAAGCUUGCUCUUUGUGAUGAACUAGAUGAAAGGAUGCGGGAUUUGAAAACUGAACUACGGUCCUUUGAGGGGGAGGAAUAUGAUGAAAACCACAGGAAAAAAGCUGCGGAGGCAUUAAAAAGAAUGGAAAGCUGGAAUUUGUUCAGUGAUACCUAUGAGGUGUUCCAGAACUACACAGUUGCACGCGAUACCUUCCUUGCUCAUUUAGGGGCUACAUUGUGGGGUUCUUUGAGGCACAUUAUAGCACCUUCAAAUGCAGAUAGGGCAUACCAUUACUAUGAAAAAAUAUCCUUUCAGUUAUUUUUUAUUACACAGGAGAAAUUUGGGCACAUUAAACAAAUACCUGUAGAUAUGAAAUCUCUCAUGGAUGGUCUUUCAUCUUUAUUGGUACCUGGUCAGAAAGUUAUGUUUAGUCCACACAUGUUGCCUCUUUCAGAAGAUCCUGCUUUAGCUAUGGCCUUCUCAGUAGCACGGCGAGCAGCAGCUGUUCCAUUAUUACUAAUUAAUGGAACCUACAGGACAACUGUUCGUUCCUAUCUUGAUUCCUCAAUUCUCCAGCAUCAGUUGCAAAGACUGAAUGAUCAUGGCUCCCUUAAAGGGAUGCAUGCACAUAGCAGGUCUACUCUGGAAGUUCCCAUCUUUUGGUUCAUACAUAGUGAUCCACUAUUAGUUGAUAAACAUUAUCAAGCGAAAGCACUUUCAGAUAUGGUCAUUGUAGUUCAGUCAGAAUCGUCAUCUUGGGAAAGCCAUCUGCAGUGUAAUGGACAGUCACUUCUGUGGGAUUUAAGGAGGCCUGUAAAGGCUACUUUAGCUGCUACUGCAGAACAUCUGGCUGGCUUACUUCCUAAUCACCUGGUUUAUAGUCAAUCUCAUGAAACUGCAAUUGAGGAUUGGAUAUGGUCAGUAGGAUGCAAUCCUUUGUCGAUUACUUCUCAAGGCUGGCAUAUUUCAAAGUUUCAGUCAGAUACAAUUGCUCGGAGCUAUAUCAUCACAACCCUCGAGGAGUCAAUUCAGCUUGUUAAUUCAGCCAUUCAUCUACUAGUUAUGGAGCGUACAACUGCACAAACUUUUAAACUCUUCCAGUUGCAGGAGCCUGAGCUGGUAAACAAAUAUAAAAUUGUUGUAGGCAUGUGGAAAAGAAUUUCAACUCUUACUGGGGACUUGCGCUAUGUGGAUGCAAUGAGGCUACUAUAUACUUUGGAGGAUGCAUCAAAGGGGUUUGUUGAUUACGUGAAUGCAACUAUUUCCCAACUCCAUCCGAUUCAUUGCACCCGGGAGAGGAAAGUUCAUGUGGAGGUAGACAUGACGACGAUCCCGGCUUUCUUGGUAGUUUUGGCCAUUCUCUGGUUUGUGCUGAGGCCAAGGCGGCCUAAGCCCAAAAUCAACUAAGUUGAUCAGCAGCAACAUGCAUCCGAGCAAAGACACGAGUUUUUUUCCCUAUGUAUAUCAAUUUCGAAUGUUGUGAUGGAGGUGUCGUUGCUAAAAAAAAUUAAAAUGCUUUUUUUGCAUAAUCAUCAUCUCUCUCUCCCUCUACCACACCAAAAAUAUUUCUGGAAUUUCUGUAUAUUGUCACUUGUUUGGUCCAGAAUUUCAGAAGUCAAUGCCUAAAAUUUCAAGAAAUACAGAAUUUUGCUA